AUGACCUCCUACGACAUGGUCGUGGUCGACGAGAUCUCCCUCCUGGACCUGCCCCACUUCCAGUCGCUGAUGAAGAUGUGGCACUUGGGCGCCAAGAGAAUUCCGGCGCUCAUCAUCCUCGGAAACAAGCAGCAGCUGCCGGCCAUCGACGCUGUGAAGAACGGGCGCCCAUGGGAGAGCACCGCCUGGGCGAGCUGCACGAUUGUGACGCUCCACCAGGCCUGGCGCUGCAAAGACCCCGCCUUCCUCAAGAUCCUCGACACGCUCCGCGUGGACAAGCCCAGCGCCAAGAUGCUCCGGAGCAUGUGCCGCGGCCACAAGGCCUGGUCCUCCGACGACCCCGACAAGGACGACGUCGUCCGGCACCUGAACGAGCACGAGAAGACCGUGAUCGUCACCUGCACACGCCACAAGGCGGAGGCCAUCAACAAGCUCGCGGUGGAGGGCCUCUUCGCUGGCCGCAGACCGAUCGCCACGCUCGAAGGCGAAAUCGACAUCAACCCGGCGAACUACGACGAGGGGGGCUUCCGAGAGGACCGCAAGCCCGUCCCCGCGCAGGUGCCGAUCUACAUCGGGGCGCGGCUCUACCUCACGCAGAACGUCAAGAAAGACGACGACUACGUGAACGGAAUGGCGUGCACCGUCUUGGGCUACACGCCGAACGGCCACGGCGGCGUGCUCAAGGUGCGCACCAAGACGGGCCACCUCCUGCCGAUCACGAUGUGGACCAACACCAAGGUCAAGGGCCACAGCGUGCGCCACUUCCCGAUUCGCCUCGGCUACGCCAGCACAAUCCACAAGGUUCAGGGCGACGAGUUCGCGCACAUCACCGUCGUGCUCGACAAGAAGUUCUGCCCUGCGGCGGGCUACACGGCACUCUCGCGCGUGCAGCGGGGCUCCGACUACUCGCUCGCUGGCAAGCUCACGCCCGAGCACUUCAUCCCUGCCACGUGGUUGGACCCCGCGUGA